AUGUCAUAUUGCAGAAACGAUGAUAUUUUUAAUAUUGACAAUUUUAAAAUCAACAGUACUAAUAGAGAAGACAACAACAAUGAAUUGAUAGACGGUGCAGUAAAAUUAUUUUUUGAUGAGAUCUAUCGCGGCGAAUACAUUAAAGACAUUCAAUCAAAACUAAAGCUUUAUCUCCUGUUCAACGGAAUAGAAUCACACAAAUUCCCCGCAAAAUUGGUCGAAGCGGAAUCACGAUGGCACACCGACUGUCUACGAGCUUACUGGCAUUUUUUCGAUAAAUGUUAUGAUUCUGCCACAAGACUUGUGGCGAUGUCGAUAUGUUACGGGAAAGCAAAAGAGGGAGUGGCGUGUUGUCAAUGUUGUGUCGCAUACAUUUACGAGAACGAGUUCUCGUUUGGGGAUGGUGAGAAAGAAAAAGCUUUUUUAUGGUAUAAACAGGCGGCGGAAAAUGGGUUUUCACCCGCACAAGAGAAACUUGCGUCAUAUUACGCCCGUGGAAGAAUUGUUAACCAGUCGUGGGAAUUGGCGGUCGCUUGGCUGCAAAAAGCUGCGUAUUUAGGAAAUGGAAAAGCACGAUUGACACUUGGUGAAUAUUAUAUAGCUGGUGCAGGCGUCCCCAUGGACACAGAAGAAGGAUUCCGAUGGUACUGCAAGUCCGCCGAAACAGGAUAUGCGCCUGUUUAUUUACGACUCGCAAAAGUAUUUCAAGAAGGAAAAAUUAAGAAAAAGAAUAGCUACAGUUAUUUCUAUUGGAUUAAGAAAGCUGCGAUGACCAAUUUGAAUGCCACCUCUAUGGCUCCUCUUGCGGGCCUCUACAAAAGAGGAUCGGGUACUCGUCGGGAUUUGCAUCGAGCAAUAAACGUUUUGACGUCGUUGUAUAACAAAGGCAAGGACCUCGAGGAUGAAGAUAUUGCGCAUGAACAUUUGUCUGAUAUUUUUCUUUGA